CGUUCCACUUGUUAAGUGAAAACUGAGAAGGGAGAAAUUCUGGAGAAAGUUUGAAAAUGGAGGAAGAAACCCUAACGUUAAAACCUCAUCCGCCAACUUCCGAUGAAGAAGGCGAUCCGAACCAUGACGCAGACACUGCCAUGGCGGACUUGCUUCACCAAAACCCUAAUUCUCCGCCUAAUUCCGGCUCCGAUUCCGACUCCGAUUCCGACUCCGAUUCCGAAGAUGACGAAGCUCAGGACAACCUUCAGCUCCAAACUCUGGAGAACGACCUAGCCAUCAACCCUUCCAACUACGACGCUCAUGUUCAGUACAUAAAGCUUUUGAGGAAAAUUGGUGACAUUGAGAAGCUAAGAAGAGCAAGGGAAGCUAUGAGUGAGCUGUUUCCAUUGACCCCUGCUAUGUGGCAGGAUUGGGCUAGGGAUGAAUCUUCUCUUAUCGCCGGAACCGAGUCAUUUUCUGCAAUUGAGAAGCUUUAUGAACGAGGAGUAUCUGAUUAUCUGGUUAGUUCUGGUUCUUACUAUGCAAAUAUGAUGAAGAUUUCUUUAUGCAUCA